CGGCAUCGUGGGUUCCUCCGGCAACGGAAUGAGUUCCGAAAUCCUGGUGGAAACCUCUUCGGCCGCCAUGGUUCUGCCGUCCUCACCACUACCCUUUGGGGCAAGUGUGGGGGCCGCGACCAUGACGUCGUUUUCAAUGCCGAGCUCGAUUUUUGGGUCGGCCCCUCGACCCAUUCCCGGGCUCGAAACCACGGGGGAUCACCCCGUCGUUAGGCCGAUUUCGGUGCCCGCUAAUUUGGUUCAAAGGCCACCGAAGUUCAAUGGGACGAACUUCAAGAUGUGGCAACAAAAGAUGAUGUUUUUCUUGACCGUCCUGGGGUUUGCUGAGUACAUACAGCAAGAUCCCCCUCAGCCCAAUGAAGCCAACGACCCCCUUGUGGCAAUGGUGAACCAAGCGUGGUAUCACAACAACUAUCUCGCCUUAAAUAUUAUUCUUGAAGGGCUGGGAGAUACGUUGUACCCCGUCUAUGUCGGUGUGACGCUCGCCAAGGAGCUUUGGAAUAGCUUGAACAAAAAGUAUCAAGCUGAAGAUGUCGGCACGAAGAAGUUCAUCGUCGGAAAGAUGUUGGACUACAAGAUGGUCGAUAGCAAAUCUGUUGUCGCCCAGGCUGAGGAGCUUACAGUUAUCUUCAAUAAAUGCAAUGAAGAAAAAGUAGGCGUCAGCGAGGCCUUUCAAGUGGCGGCCAUCAUCCACAAACUUCCCCGGUCAUGGGAAGAUUUCCAAGUCGACCUCAAGCUCAAAAGAACGAAACUGAAUAUGGAGCAACUGCUCACGCGGUUGAGGAUCCGAGAGGAAGGGCUUGCUAGAAGAAAUGGAGGGGCUAAGGCGAAUGUUGUAGAACAUCCGUCGGGCUCUUCACACGGUGGGAAGGACAAAAAGAAGAUGGGUCCUAAAGGUGGAGUUUCUAAAUUUGCAGGAAAGUGCUACAAUUGUGGCAUUACCGGGCAUCGUUCCUCCGAUUACAGGAAGAAGAAGCCACAGAAGAACAAGAAGAAAACCACCAAAGCUAUGUGUGCAGAGCUCGACAACUUGGACCUCUGCGCAGUUGUCACCGAGGCCAUUAGGCGUAGCAUCCUCAGAGCUGCCGACCUCGAGCUCACCCCUCCUCGAGAUUCCGAAACCUGGCCUGACUGGAUAGAAAAACAAAUCGACAGCAUCUGUUCUUCUAGCUUUUUAUAAAAUCUCCAUGGCCUGGAGAUCUGUAAAUGGUAACAACAUCGUGCGUUGACCACCCCAUUGCUAUAUACUCCCUCCGUCCCAAAUUAUUUACCACAUUUCUCUUACCGAAGCAAAAUAUCAAGCUUUUUCAAUUCAUUUCAUUUACAUAUUGGUAAAGAAAUAAGAGUAAAUUAUAUAAAAGGUCCCCAGUUAUAAGUCGUUUUACAUAUUUAGUCCCUACAUAUCAAGUAUUACUUAUUUAGUCCCCAAUUAUUAUAUUUAUUUCCACGAAUAGUCUUUUGAUAACAUUUUCAUUAAAAACGUGGAUAAAAUUUUAAAUUUACACUCCUUUUUUCCUAAGUUAAACUUUCUCCAUCUUCUCAUAAUUUUUCCCAAACUCGUCGCUGAGUUUGAAGCUUUUAAACCCAAAACUUAAAUGAUCG